AAGACGCUGAUUUGCGACUGGCACGGCACAAGGGCUCGAAACAGUUUUAUGCAGGCGCUCACAUACAGCCUGUGCUGUCCUCGCAUUAGAUGCACAGAAGGACAACAAUAUAUCGGCUCAGCCUGAUGACCGUCGUAUGAUAUCAAAGCCAUACAAUUGCAUGCCUUAUCUAGAACGCCAUGAUCGAAACCUAACCAAUGAAAUACUAAUGCCGCUAACUCCACCGGUCAAUCAAUAAAUGGCUUACGGCAGCCACAUCUCAAUGCGACAAUGGAGUCUUACCAGGCAAUCACUGCGGUGUGGAAGGAAAGGAAGAAAUUGCUAUAGUUGAGACGGGUCUUAUGAUAGUACUCCCGCACACAAACUCUGCACUAUCAUUUGGUGACACUAUACGGCUAGGAAAAUGGCUUACUAUUUCGGCGUAGAGAUUGAGAUUAUAGCCGCACCUCACAAAGUCCGCCAUCCUCUCCUCCGAGCAUUCUACUAUGAGAAGCUUGCGGCAGCACUGAGAAAACGAGGUGAACCAUCUGCCGCAGAUACGUUGGUGGAAAAAUAUCGGAAGCGCGCAGAGCACUACGAUAAAUGGUGGAUCACCAAGGAUGGCUCAUUGGGGAAUCCUGCUCAUCCGCUGAUACCAUUAGAAGCCGUGUCUCCGAUACUUUCAACAAACAAUGUCUGGGAAGAAGACAUUGAAACGUUCUGGGAAGCAUGGUCGAAGGUUUUCCACAUGCCAACUACCUCUAAGCGGUGUGGAAGUCACAUCCACGUUUCUGCCUCGCCGAACAAACGGUUUAGCCGCGAACAACUUCGAUCAAUCGCCUUUGGCGUUAUCCUCUACGAGGGAAACGUGCUGCAACUCCUGCCUGAAUCUCGCCGUGAGAACGAUUAUUGCACACCCAAUACCGACCAUAUAUGGGAACUCGACGACCUGAGCUAUGAUUUUACAGAUCCCAUCCAUCUGGAGGAAGUGAGGGAUACGAUUUGGGGCUCUUUCCAAGACGAUGACAGGAUUGGCUAUGAUCUUCCAAAAUUCAUGCAAGGCAACAAUAGGAAAGUCUUGUGGAACUUUCAGAAUAUCCGCAAGUCAGGCUCGAUCGAAUUCCGAGGAGGGCCCCGGCUCAGAGGCCCUAUUCACACAAAGAGGUGGAUCGCAUUUGUGGUCUCUUUUAUACACAUGUGCAUCUCCAAAAAGUUCAAAGUCCUUAGACGUCGCGACCUUGCCCCACCAGAGAUGCAACGGUUCUGGUCUUCCAUCAUGAAGGCGGCCAAGGCAUGUCAAGUCGCGAGCUCACUUCCAUCCGAGUGGGAAGUUAUGCGAGGAUCGACAAGUGGAUUUGACAUAGCAAAUGGCAUGGGCUCUCUGGAUCUGUCCAACCCUGACUCAGAUUCAGAUGUGUCUACUAUCUGCUCCAAGGACGAAUCCAAAUACUCUGAUUCCAAUGCCGACAGCGAUGAUAAGGAUGAGAUGAUUCAAGAGCUUGGGUAUGAUCCCAGCACCGUGCACAGAUCGAGAGGGUGCGUCACAAUGUAAUAGCAUGAUUAGGAAGGCUAUAAACCCGUUAGAGACACACUUGCUACUAAUGAGGUAUAUUUGCAAGUGACAAAUGUGAAUAGGUCUAUGCACAUACGAUAUCAACAACAAUGUAUAUAAUAAAGACUGCUACUCUUCCACAUACGAC